UGAAUCACUAGUCGUCUUCAACGAACGCUAACCCUAAAUCUUGCAGCUCUCGAACUUUCCAGACAAAGAAAGGAUCAGAAAAGUUUGAUUUGGAAUCUCUAAAUGAAAAUCAGCUGAGAUGAAGAAAACCGAGACUUCGAUUCUUCAACAAAGAAAGAUAGAAAUUGGAGCAAUCGCGUACAAGAAGAAGUUUCGUUCGAAAAUUCCUCGUCGUAAGCGAUUCCAGAUCUCUCCAGUACUCGUUGGAUCUUCGAAUUUGUUGUUUUCUGAUAAUAAGCCAGGCUUAUCAGUUUUGGCAGAAGCUUCCAGUUCCUCUUCAUGUUUUCCCGACGACCUUUCGUGUACUUCGAACUGGAUCUCAGUCGGUAAUGAGAAGUUGAAGAAGAAACAGAGAUCUUCUCGCCGGAAGAGAAAGUUUGAGGAGACAGGAAGGUCUGAAGUUGUAUUUGAAGUAGAUGAUCAAAGUUUCCAUCAAUUGGAGAAGAUUCCUGAGGAAGAAUGCCGGAGAAUAACGAGGUCUUAUCACAGACAGAGAGAAAUUGAAAAGACGGUGGAGAAUAAAGAAGUUGAAGAUGUUACAGUGGAAUUAUCAGAAUCGUCUUGCUUAGAAUCGUUUUGUGGAGUAGAGACUCGAUUUCUCAGCAAAACUGACGAGUUUCCAGAGAGAAAUCUGAAGUUGAAAACCGGAUCGGGUAAUGGAGUUUCAAAGGCUGGCGAAGGAGAAGGAAAUGCAGCUUCCGCAGCGAUCUCGUUUUCCGAAAGCUCUUGUGUUCAAAUCUCUACUCCUCAAGAAAAAUUACGAAGUUUCUCAGAGAAUUCGCGUACAGAAAGAGAUAACGCAUCAGGAAAUUCUCUUGCAAUCGGACAGAAUGAGUCUAUUUCGGAGAUUUCUUGCCUUGAAUCGCUUACUGAAGCGAGAAACCAAAAUCUAUAUCCACCUGCUGAUGAUUCAUGCAUAAAGACAACGGAGGGGGAAGAUAGAGGUCAGGUGUCUGAAUUUUCCGAAUUUUCAAGAAAUUGCGUUGAGACGAAUUUAGUUGUCCCCAAUUCAGAGUCCACUGCAGAGAAAAAACCAAAGGAAUUCGAUUGUGAUGUCGACCUAACUUGUUUAGAAAAUCUCUCGCAUGAAGACGAUUCAUAUAGUUCAACAAGCCAGGAAAUGACAAUCUCCAAUCUCGAAUCAGAGCUCUUCCCUUCAAUUUCCGAUGGAGAGUUCUCAGACAACUGGUUUGACGCCGAGUCUCCAAGCGAUUUUUCCGAACGGUCAUACGGAAAUUCAAUUACGUCACCUUGUUUCUCGUUGUUUCUUCAAUUCUCGCAACAAUUCUCAAAGUCGAGUUCUCAUCCUAAUGGCAUAGCCUCUUCAAAAGUUGAAGAACAGAAUCCCGACCAGUUUAUAUUGUUGAGGUUCGAAGACGAGGAACACGAAGAAAGCUACAGAAACUUAAGGCACAGAGAGAGAAGGCAAAAUUUCCUACACGACUACAUUGAGGAUUACUACUCAACGACGGAGUACGGCGAGCUUGUCCUUCAGGAACGGUUACUGAUGGUUAACUGGAUAGUUGAGCAAUCGAAUGCAAAGGAGCUUCAGUCCGAGACGAUGUUUUUAGGGGUUAGCUUCUUCGAUAGGUUCCUGGGCAAAGGAUUCUUCAAACAAAAAAGAAACCUUCAAGUUGUUGGAAUUGCUUGUCUCACUCUGGCCACCAGGAUUGAAGAAAAUCAACCCUUAAACUGCAUUCGACAAAAGAUUUUCCAUGUGGGGAGCACUGUGUACAGCAGCUGCGAAGUGGUGGCUAUGGAAUGGCUGGUGCAAGAGGUUCUAAACUUCCAAUGUUUCUUGCCCACGACGUACAACUUCUUAUGGUUCUACCUGAAGGCAGCCAAAGCUGACGCAGAGGUGGAGAAGAGGGCCAAGUACCUCGCAGUGCUGUCAAUGCUGGACCACAGGCACCUAUGCUUCUGGCCCUCAACAGUAGCAGCUGGGUUAGUCAUCCUUGCAUCACUAGCAGGCAAUCACGACUCAUCCUGCCAAUGGGUCAUGGAGACUCAUGUUAGAACAAAAAAAGAUGAUCUACCUGAGUGCAUAAAGAGCCUCGAGUGGUUGGUGAACUGCGUCUGUUAGAGAACCAACAAGAACUCAUCUAUCCUACUCACUGAAGGCAUUUGUUUCAUUAGACUGGGAAAAUAUAACAGGCCGGUAAAUCAAGAUAGAUUCCAAUCCUAACAAAAGAAAUU